UGUCCCCUGCAUUGGCAGGCAGAUUCUUAACCCUUGGGCCACCAGAGAAGUCCCCCCAGUUCACUUCUGACUCCCCCACAACUGGAGCCCCUUGAGGGCAAAGUCUGGACUAGUUUGAGAGCCCCCAUUCCCCAAGGCCAGGCUCUGACCAUGUUUCCUGCAAACGUUCCCAACUAUCCACCUUUUGGGUCAGUUCCAGGGGUGGAAACUUUCCAGCCGGAGGAGGCCGCUUGUUUUGGAAAGUUCCUGGGGGAGCCGCCCCCGCCCGCCUGCCGGGUUCCCACGCUCCUUUAUCACUGGGCGCUUAGAGGGGCUCAGAGCUGUGCAGGCCUAGCUCCUCCCAGAUGGCCGCCUCUGCCCGGCCGAUGCUCCCUCGCUUCCCCACGGAGCAGUCUCUCCCCCUGCCCCCACCCCAGCCCUGACCUUGAUAGGCUUGACAGCCCUCCUGCUACAGGUGGGGGCACCGAGAACUCACAGCCACCCCCCUUACCCCUUCUCCGGGGCGAGCCCUGUGGGAGUGGAGAGUCUGACCGCUGCUCAAUAAGGGGAAGAGGAGGGAGCCUGGGCUGGAGGAGUGUCACGCUUUGAAAUCCGAUUCCUCGCUUGGUCUUCUGCCUCAGUUUCCCUUGCCUUAGUUUCUCCAGAGACGCCCUCUCCUCCAACCCACCAAAUAAUGAGUUUCCAAGCCUAACUCAAACUCUGCCUCGUGGCUGGGGCUUGGCGCUCCCUUACAGCUUUAAAGUCCUCUUUUGUACAGUGGGGAUAGGCGGCCGGGGGUCCUAAGUGACUCACGCGGGCCGAGUUAGGGCCGGGGCCUGGAGCCCAGGUUAUUUGCCCGACCGGCCAAGAACCAGACCGCGGCGGAGGCUUGGGACCGAAAGGCCUCGAACCCGAGCCCAAGGUCGGUGCGCGCCCUCCCCCCGCCGCGAGCGCCCCUCCUCCCGCGCGCGGGCGGAGCGAGGGGCGGAGCGGGGGUGGAGCCACGGCUCUUUUCUCUGGAGUUCGCGCGCCCCGAGCCCUAGCCGUCUGCCGCUGCCCCAGCCGACUCCACAUCGAUUGUCGCGAUGGAGGCCGCAACUGAGUUCGUGGUCGAGAGCCCCGACGUGGUCUACAGCCCCGAGACCAUCGAGGCGCAGUACGAGUACCGGACGACGAGCGUCAGCCGCGAGGGCGGCGUCCUCAAGGUGCACCCCACGUCCACGCGCUUCACUUUCCGGACCGCCCGGCAGGUGCCCCGGCUCGGGGUCAUGCUCGUCGGCUGGGGCGGCAACAACGGCUCCACGCUGACCGCUGCCGUGCUGGCCAACCGACUGCGCUUGUCCUGGCCCACGCGCACCGGCCGCAAGGAGGCCAACUACUACGGCUCGCUGACGCAGGCAGGCACUGUUAGCCUGGGCCUGGACGCCGAGGGCAAGGAAGUGUUCGUGCCCUUCAGUUCACUGCUGCCCAUGGUGGCGCCCGACGACCUCGUGUUCGACGGCUGGGACAUAUCUUCGCUGAACCUGGCGGAGGCAAUGCGGCGCGCACAGGUACUGGAUUGGGGACUGCAGGAGCAACUCUGGCCGCACAUGGAGGCCAUGCGCCCGCGGCCCUCUGUCUACAUCCCGGAGUUCAUCGCAGCUAACCAGAGCGCACGCGCCGACAACGUCAUCCCGGGCACGCGCGCGCAGCAGCUGGAGCAGAUCCGUAGGGACAUCCGCGACUUCCGGUCCAGCGCCGGCCUGGACAAAGUCAUCGUGCUGUGGACAGCGAACACGGAGCGCUUCUGCGAAGUGAUACCGGGCCUCAAUGACACUGCUGAGAACCUGCUGCGCACCAUCCAGCUGGGCCUGGAAGUGUCACCCUCCACACUCUUCGCUGUGGCCAGCAUCUUGGAGGGCUGUGCCUUCCUCAAUGGGUCCCCGCAGAACACGCUGGUACCCGGUGCCCUCGAGCUCGCGUGGCAGCGCCGCGUUUUUGUGGGUGGAGACGACUUCAAGUCAGGCCAGACCAAGGUUAAGUCUGUGCUCGUGGACUUUCUUAUCGGCUCUGGCCUCAAGACCAUGUCCAUCGUGAGCUACAACCACCUGGGCAACAACGACGGGCAGAACUUGUCCGCGCCACCACAGUUCCGCUCCAAGGAGGUGUCCAAGAGCAGCGUGGUGGACGACAUGGUGCACAGCAACCCGGUGCUCUACUCGCCGGGCGAGCGGCCCGACCACUGCGUGGUCAUCAAAUACGUGCCAUACGUGGGCGACAGCAAGCGUGCCCUGGAUGAGUACACAUCGGAGCUGAUGCUGGGUGGUACCAACACGUUGGUGCUGCACAACACGUGCGAGGACUCGCUCCUGGCCGCGCCCAUCAUGCUGGACCUGGCCCUGCUGACUGAACUGUGUCAGCGAGUGAGCUUCUGCACCGACGUCGACCCUGACCCGCAGAGCUUCCAUCCGGUGCUGUCGCUGCUCGGCUUCCUCUUCAAGGCUCCACUUGCACCGCCCGGCAGCCCCGUGGUCAAUGCGCUCUUCCGCCAGCGCAGCUGCAUCGAGAAUAUCCUCAGGGCCUGCGUGGGGCUCCCGCCGCAGAACCACAUGCUUCUGGAGCACAAGAUGGAACGCCCUGGCCUCAAGAGAGUUGGGCCCUUGGCCACUGCCUCCCCGGUGCUUUGCAAGAAAGGAUCUGUGCCGACUGCACCCAAUGGCUGUACUGGUGACGCCAACGGGCACUCACAGGCUGAGGCACCCCAGAUGCCCACCACCUAAGGCCCUGGCCUUAGGAGUUAUGACUCCCCUGUAACUCCUGCCCCCAUUGCUCCCCAGGACCCGACCCUUCUAGGCCCCCUGAAGACAAUAAAGCCAGUGCCACUAUGA